CACGUGACGCGAGUGACGUGCGCCUACGAAGAUGGUGGAAGUUUCUUCUUCCUCAAAGUGAAGACCGAGAGUGAAACCCCAAAAAAACAUUCUGCACACCGACAGCUGGGGAUUUGGUUUUCACAACUCCGCUUCGGAUUCGGGCUUUUAACCCAGCCCUAUGUCAUGGCCAGUGGAGUCACCAAGCCGGGCACCUCCAAUGGACACCCAAUGAAGGCGCAGCUACAAAUCAUCGUGCUAUCAGCGAAACUAAAAGAGAACAAGAAGAACUGGUUUGGUCCCAGUCCGUAUGUGGAAGUGACGGUCGACGGCCAGUCCAAGAAAACAGAGAAAUGCAACAACACCCACAGUCCCAAAUGGAAGCAGCCGCUCACUGUGAUCGUGACCCCGUUCAGCAAACUCGUGUUCCGGGUGUGGAGUCAUCAGACCCUGAAGUCAGACGCGAUGCUCGGCAUGGCCACACUGAAAAUCAGUGAAACGCUCAAGUCCAACGACAUGAAAAUCUCUGAGGUGGUGCAGACCUUACAGCUGUGUGCAGACAGAGAGCAGACAGACGUGGUGGGCGACCUGUCUGUCUGCUUGGACGGCAUGACCGUCGACCCCGAGAUGUUCGCUACCGCCGAAGCCAACAAUCACAGUACAUCAAAUGGGGAAACCCUGAAUGAACCUAACGACGAUCAUGCUAUAAGGCGGAGUCGAGACAGCUCUCCAGCCGUUGACGGUGUAGAGCACAGGUCAUCUCCUGCAGGUCGGAGGUCAGCAAGCAACACAGGGUCUCCCUCUGUGUCAUCAGGGGGCUCAAGGCCUCUCAGACCUCCCCGACCCUCAAGACCUCCUCCUCCAACCCCCCGAAGACCCAACUCUUCACCAGCAUUAUCCAGUAACGGCUCUGCUGCUGAUACUAGUGAUGGUCAGUCAGUUCCUGAUACACCCGUGCGAACGGCGGCCUCAUCAGCUCCGGACUCGAGUCCAUCGCCGGGAUCAGACAGGAACUCUGGAGCCACGGCAACCAGACAGCCAACUAGCAGCAUCACCCCGGCUGUCACUCCCAGAGUCCCCGCUGUCAAUGCCGCACCGCUGCCCCCUGGGUGGGAGCAGAGGGUGGAUCAGAACGGACGGUUGUAUUUCGUUGAUCACGUGGAGAAGAGAACGACGUGGGAACGCCCUGACCCGCUGCCCCCUGGGUGGGAGCGUCGCGUCGACCAGAUGGGGCGGGUCUACUUUGUCGAUCACAUCACAAGAACCACCACGUGGCAGCGCCCCACGGUGGAGUCGGUGCGUAACUACGAGCAGUGGCAGCACCAGCGCAGCCAGCUGCAGGGCGCCAUGCAGCAGUUCAACCAGAGGUUCAUAUUUGGGCUACAGGACCAGGCUGCAGCCACUCAGAAUAAGGAGUUUGAUCCUCUCGGGCCUCUGCCACAUGGAUGGGAGAAGAGAACUGAUUCAAAUGGCAGAGUUUAUUUUGUACAUCACCCUACGAGGGCAACACAGUGGGAGGACCCACGAACACAAGGGUUGCUCAAUGAUAAGCCUCUACCUGAGGGCUGGGAGAUGAGGUUCACUGUAGACGGUAUCCCUUACUUCGUAGACCACAACAGAAGAACGACCACCUACAUCGACCCUCGCACCGGAAAAUCCUCGCUUGAAAACGGACCUCACAUCACCUACGUUCGAGACUUUAAAGCCAAAGUACAGUACUUCAGAUUCUGGUGCCAGCAACUGUCCAUGCCUCAACACAUCAAGAUCACGGUGACAAGAAAAACCUUGUUUGAGGACUCCUUCCAGCAGAUAAUGAGCUUCAACGCUCAGGAUCUGAGAAGAAGACUCUGGAUCAUCUUCCCUGGAGAAGAAGGCCUCGACUACGGAGGCGUGGCCAGAGAGUGGUUCUUCCUGUUGUCACACGAGGUUUUGAACCCCAUGUACUGCCUGUUCGAAUACGCCGGUAAAGAUAACUACUGCCUCCAGAUUAACCCCGCCUCCUACAUCAACCCCGACCACCUCAAGUAUUUCAAGUUCAUAGGACGCUUCAUUGCCAUGGCUCUUUUCCAUGGAAAGUUCAUCGACACUGGUUUCUCGCUGCCGUUUUACAAGCGCAUCCUGAACAAGCCGUUGGCCCUCAAAGACCUGGAGUCAGUGGACCCCGAGUUCUACAACUCCCUCAUUUGGAUCAAGGAUAACGACAUCGAGGAGUGCGGGCUGGAGAUGUUCUUUUCUGUCGACAAAGAGAUCCUGGGAGAAAUCUCCACCCACGAGCUGAAACCAGGAGGAGGAGACAUCCUGGUCACAGAGGAGAACAAAGAGGAGUACAUCAGGAUGGUAGCAGAGUGGCGGCUGUCGCGAGGAGUGGAGGAGCAGACGCAGGCUUUCUUUGAAGGCUUCAACGAGGUCCUCCCCCAGCAGUACCUGCAAUACUUUGAUGCCAAAGAGCUGGAGGUGAUGCUGUGUGGUAUGCAGGAGAUCGACCUUGCAGACUGGCAGAGGAACACAAUCUACAGACACUAUGCUCGAAGCAGCAAACAGAUCGUCUGGUUCUGGCAGUUUAUAAAGGAGAUGGACAACGAGAAGAGGAUGAGGUUGCUGCAGUUUGUCUCCGGGACCUGUCGCCUGCCUGUCGGAGGCUUUGCUGACCUCAUGGGAAGCAACGGUCCCCAGAAGUUCUGUAUUGAGAAGGUGGGGAAAGAGAACUGGCUCCCCAGAAGUCACACAUGCUUCAACAGGCUGGAUCUGCCCCCCUACAAGAGCUACGAGCAGCUGAAGGAGAAGCUGAUGUUUGCCAUUGAGGAGACGGAAGGCUUCGGACAGGAGUGAGAAGGAAUCUGAAGGAAUAAAAUACCACAAGUGUUUAAUUCAGGGAGCCUCUGCAGAAGAGGCGGGUGGUGUUUGAUGUGUUUGUGCCCAUGCUUGCAUGCAUGCACACACCUGUAGGGUUACCUCCACGGGUGCGUGUAUCGGACUGUGGCCUGCAUGUUAUUGCAAAGCAGAGCUGGGAUUUCUUUUUUUUUUCUUCCGUCUACUGUGUGCGCUGUGCUUGCAGCAGGUCUGAGAGUUUCACAUUCUUCAAACCAAAAACACCGACGCUGCUCCUGGGUCUCAGAAUGUGCGCCACAUUAUGCAUGGGAUCCUGAAAAACUCCCCCUCUGACAUCUGGGAAUGCAGUAGAUGUGUCCUCCAUACCUGUGAUCAUUUAAUGACAGGCAACAGGGUAGGCUUUGUGUUGGACUCUGAAUCUCACAGCAGUGUCUUGUCGAGGCGUCUUUGACAAACUGAUUUCUUUGUAUUAAGUGUGUCUGUACUAAAGCGUCUGAAGUGAAGAGAGGCAGGAUUGAAAGGAUGUGAUUUCUUAAAACAAAAAAACAAAAAAAAAACAGGUAUAAGUUUCACCAAAAAAAAAAUCUGAUGUUGCUUUAAGAUUGUUUGUUGCAUUUGAAUUAGUUGCAUCUUACUUUUCUAUCCACCUCAUUGUCCUAUCCUCAAACUUCUCACUGUUUUGGCACGAGGGUGCAUUUUGUCUUUAAUGACGCAGUAACAAAGAAAAAUGCAACAAUAUAACUUCUGAAUUUACGAGAGUGGCGCGUUCCAACUUAACACUUUAGUAACAGACAAUCUCGGUGCUUCUUCGAGAUGACAGGCUUCAUAUAACAGCUUCUGGUUGUCAUGUAUUUGAUCUGUGAAUCAUCUUAAAGGUGGAGUCAGUAGCAUUUUUCACUGCAGUUUAUAAACACAACAUUCAAACUGAGCCCUUCCUCCUGAAGCACACACACACUGCAGGACGUAGUGUGUACGUUUAAUGUUUUUACCUACUCUGCAAGCUACCCCACACUAGCACAAGCUAGCUGUUGGUGUUUGGUACCUGCCUGUCUAAAACAUCUGCGUAUGCGGUCAAAAGCCAUCACAAGGUUCACCCUUGUUUUAGAUUUAAAAAUCUAUAUUUUUAAAGGUUUGCUUUUGGGCUUUUUAUGCCUUUAUUUAGACAGGACAGUGGAUAGAGCCAGACAUCGUGCAAAAAGAGAGAGCGGGGAACGGCAUGUGGGAGAGGAGCCACAGGUCAGACUCGAACCCUCUGCACUUGGGGCAUGCGCACCAUCCACCAGGCCACCGGCUCCCCAGAACAAGCUUUAUGAGCUUGCCGUUUUGCCUCACUAGGAUUAUACAUUUUCUCUUAUUUGCGGCUAGGUCCAGGUCCGGUUUGAAUGUCGCUGAAUUGUAUCCACUCCUACACUCACCUGUACGCUGUCAUUGGCUGGGGGAAAAAAAAAGUGAGACAGAGGCCCGGGUCUCUGCAGACAGUUAUCACACAUGUAUCGAGGCCCAGAAGUGAUGACUCAGCGGCAUUAUUUUUGUACAUGUCUAUAUUAAAAUUUUUUGGAAAAAGCUACUGACUCCAUCUUGAACGAUGGUGAAAAAGUGUUUAAAGCGUCAUUGUUAAAAGUGGAGGGACAUUCGAGAGGACCCUAGUUUUAUAGGGCUGGAGUUGUUGUGGUGCAGAAUUGGAUUCAAGUAUUCGGGGAGAAACUUUUAACUUAUACGUUUUAAUAUCAGCCUUCUUUAAAUCUUAGUUUGGUCUGAGGUGGAAAUCUAUGAGGAGGAGAGAGAGAGAGAGUAUUUUAUAAUGAAGGUGUUCAAUGCAUCGUAUUCAGUACCUUACUUUAUAUGUUCAACAAAAAAACAACCAAAUGUAAGUGAAACCAAAUCCCUUCUCUUCAGUUUAGGUCACAUUUUAAACGACACUUUGAAUGCGAACUUUGCAAAAACUCUUCAAAAAAAAAAACGAGCUCCUUGUACACAUGUAGCAUUAGAAACUGUUAGUGGCAGACUUUCUUCUUUUAACACUUUUCUUUCCCCGAGCAAUAUUAAAGAACUAAGGUCAGGCUUGUUA